UGAUGUAUUGUAUAUGACAAACGUAGUACAACAGUCUUAUUAAAUCAAUGUAAUUUAUCCACGGCACAAACUGUUUGGAGUGUAUGGUGACAUUUUUUUUAUUAAUUAAUAAUCCUUGCUUAUGGAGCUUAAAUCACAAAUCCAGCAGUCUGGUAAGGGUAGUUUCAUUGACGGAUGUUUAUUAAAUGCUGGCUAGAUGUGGACGUGAGCGGCUAAUAGCUAAAAGGCUAACGAUGGACUGAAGUGUCACCUUUUAUGGGACUUUAACGGGAAUUAAAAAAAAACAACUAAUAUAAUGAAUAUCUUAUCAGCCAUGGAUAGGUCAGACGGUGUUUUCGUGUUCUUUGUAGCAGGCUACUCAUAGUCCCGUGAUUCCGCCAUAACGUGACGUCAUUGAUUGAGUCCGCUGUUGGUGAUGUCAGUCUUGUUAGUAAGUUGUAAAUCAUGAAAAAGGGCGAGUAUCAGCAAAUUGACCCACAGACAACCCGGACACCUACCCCGACCUCACCGGGUCACCACCAUCACCACCACCACCACAACCAAGGGGAGGACCGCAGCUGCAACGGGGGAGAGCGGCUGAGGAGACCCAAGAGGAGAUGGGAGGUUUUCCCAGGAAAGAACCGCUUCUUCUGCGAUGGACGGGUCAUAGCAGCACGCCAGAGCGGGGUUCUACCCCUCACCAUCGGCCUUAUCCUUGUCACCAGUGUAUUAUUCUUCAUAUUUGACUGCCCUUUCCUGGUCAAACACCUGACAAGCUGCAUACCCGCUAUUGGAGGAGUCCUCUUUGUGUUUGUGGUCGUCACGCUUCUCCAAACCAGCUUCUCAGACCCUGGCAUCCUCCCUCGAGCCACGCCAGACGAGGCGGCUGACAUUGAGAAGCAAAUAGACACCACUGGGAGUGCGGGCUAUCGACCUCCGCCAAGGACCAAGGAGGUGCUCAUCAAUCAGCAGGUGGUCAAACUUAAGUACUGCUUCACAUGCAGGAUGUUCCGGCCUCCGCGGACCUCCCACUGCAGCUUGUGUGACAACUGUGUAGAGAGAUUUGACCAUCACUGCCCCUGGGUGGGCAACUGUGUAGGGAAGCGCAACUACCGUUUCUUCUACACCUUCAUCGUCUCCUUGUCUUUUCUGACGGCAUUCAUCUUUGGUUGCGUGACCACACAUCUUGCACUGAGAGCUCAGGGUGGGAAAGGCCUGUUAUAUGCCCUUCACCAGAGUCCUGGCAGUGCUGUGGAGCUGGCGAUAUGUUUCUUCUCAGUCUGGUCCAUCUUGGGUCUGUCAGGCUUCCAUACGUACCUUGUUGCUUCCAACCUCACCACAAAUGAAGACAUUAAAGGUACUUGGUCAGGGAAGAGUGGUGCAGAAGAUGUCACCAACCCGUACAGCCACAGAAACAUCUUCAUCAACUGUUGCUCAGUGCUUUGUGGACCUAUGCCGCCCAGUUUGAUCAACAGACGAGGUCUCCUACCUGCAGAUGAAGACGUUGAGACCAGCACAGACAUAGAAGUGCCCGCUGCGUCCACUAAAAGCGAGAUAAACGUGUGCAAACACGGAGCUAAAGGUCUGCUGGAGUCCACCACUCACACGCCACUCCUGUCCUCAUCGUGUCCUCACGGGAAGCCGCAGUCGGCUAACAGCCCGGCAGUGAACUCUGACGUCUCAGCUGGCCUCUCUAGAAACUGCGGGUCGCACAAACCGAGCAAUACCUCCGACAUCCGCCCCAACAAGACAAAAUCCAAGAAAACUACUAAUAAAAAGGCGGCUUCGCCUCUGCCCAACCCCGCCUUUGAUGUUCAAGCCUCCUCUCUAGACGGGGGCGAUACCUCCAAAUCGAGGAGUCAUAAAGGUGCCAGGACACAAGCAACACACAAGUAACAUUCUCAUUCAACUUUUUCUAUCUUGGUUUAGGGUUAGUGCUGGACUGUGUGUUAAUCAAUCAUUUUAUUUAUUUUUGAAACAGAAGAGAGGCCAUUUGUACAGUGAUACACACUCAAGUUAAGCUACACCUUUGACUUAUUUAUGUUUUUUUAUUGUAGAAUUCCUGUGCUUCCAAGUGUCUGAUGCUGAAGUAAAAAUGAAAAGGAAGCACCGCAAACUUGGGUCCACAUGCUAAAUGUAAUAUCGCACGACUCUGUUGCAACCUUUUGGGCAUUUAAGAUUUGUAUCAACGUGAACACCAAAAAGCACCUCGUUUUGUACCAUAUGGUUUUGCAGUAUAAUUGCCUGCGCUUAAUAUGUUUAUCUAUGUUAUAUUUACACUUUUCUUCCCCCUCGUAAUGAAGACAUGUUCCCGGUCCUGUUCCUUUUCUCCCAGUUUUCACUAAGCACACUCCAUAGAGGUGGUGCAGUGUACAAUAUGCAAGUCAUGUGACAUACGUACAUUGGAAUGCAUUUCUAAGGAGACGCAUGUCUGAAAAUGUAUGCUAUAGUCAGUUGAACUAUUCCAAAUAAAGGACAAUGAAAUGAAACGUGAUGCUGACCCUUUUACACUCCUGCAGCGCAGCGUUCGGCCUCUAGAUGGUGGUAGCUUGUGGAGACGUGGCGUUAAAGCAGUGCUUCUCAAAUAGUGGGGCAGGUCCCCCUGGGGGGGUGCGGUGAGCUGUCGCAGGCGUUAGAGGCAGGGAGGACUUCCAAUAUUAGUGCAGACCUGCCAACAUGUAUGAAUUUGUCUUACUCUGCAUGCAAUUUGACUCUUAAAUACGCAUGUAUGCUUCACUGCUCUCCAUUUUGUUGCAUUCUGCUGGUUUCAGUUUCAAGUUCAGUCUGUACAGCACAGAUAAAUAUGUAUUUUCAGUGUGUUAAUAGUAUUUCAAAUCGGGUGGGUGGGGGGCGCAAAGACAUUUCUUUCCCUAAGUUGGGGCAUGAUAGAAAAUAACAGAACCACUGCGUUAAAGUGAGCAUCAGCUGUCAAAGCAGGCACUACAAUCUGCCAACUAGGUUAUGUGUUUUGCAUUUUGCAUUUCAUUGGGUACGCUUGCACAAUCUAAUACAUCUGUCAAUAAUUCUUCCUUUGCAGAGACAAUAAUGUGCCGUUUUGAUCCGUUUCUGUUGAUUUCUUGUGCUGUAGAACAUCACUGCUCCAUACUGAGCUGCUUCUAAUGUUGUGGUGGCUUUAGUUAGCUACCAUAAGAGGUGUCAGUGCCACAAUUGCAUGCCCUGUGUCAAAAAGCUAUCCUCUUAUAUCGCUAUAGUGUUCCUCCUACGCCAUACUUGCAUGUACUGUAUUGUAACAUAACUACCAGCUGAAGUGCACGUUAAACCAAUACUGUAAUAGUAUUGGUUAUAAGGAAUAUACUGUUACUCACACACGCCUGUUUUAUUUCUUUAUAUAAAUGACCUUGUGUAGGAAGGGGGCAACUUAGAGACGGUGCACAUGGAUGUAAAAUGUGUGUUCUACCAUAGAUUUGAGCAAAUAAUAAUAAA